GGUCGCUAAGCAACCGAUGAGUAUACACUGUCAGCAGUAUGAUGCAUACUUUGCUUGCGUUCUAACUCUGUAUAUUGGCGCUUGUAAAUAAUAUUAGCAUAACCGCGGGAAUAAUACUGUAAAUAAAUCAACAUGCUGCUGAAAUAUUUGGGUACUGUCAUGUCAGCGCAAGAUUUUGAGAAUAGAGUGGUUGGCAUAGCAUGGUCGUCGAACAAUUUGAAGCUAGCUGUUGCAUCCUCGGACCGUUCCAUCUACCUCUUCGACGAGAAUGGUGUGAAACGGGAUAGGUUCUCCACUAAGCCCGUUGAUCCCAAGUUCGGCAAGAAGAGCUACAUGGUGAAGGGUAUAGCUUUCUCUCCAGAGUCCACGAAGAUUGCAGUUGGUCAAACCGAUUGCAUCGUGUACGUGUACAAAAUAGGAGAAGACUGGGGCGACAAGAAGGUGAUCUGCAACAAGUUCAAGCAGAGCUCAGCGGUGACUUGUUUGAUCUGGCCGGCGGAGGGUCCGAUCGUCGUCGGGUUGGCAGACGGGAAGGUCCGCGCCGCUCUGGUGAAAUCGCAGAAGGCGCAGACCCUGUACACUUCCGAUGCCAUGACGAUAGCUCUGGCUAGCAACGUCCGCGGCAGCGGCUUCCUGUCGAGCCACGCCGACGGCAGCAUCAUCCGCUAUUACGUCGCCGAGGACGGUGGCGCGGAGCCUUCGGGACGGGUGUGCGUCCACGGGGUGCCCGCCUACGCCUUGGCGUGGCCGCAGUCGCACAUCUUAGCCGGUGGCUGCGACAAGCGAUUGACCUUGUACGACCCGUACGGCAAGCCGGUGAAGAACUUCGACUUCAGCCGCGACCCCCAAGAGCGAGAGAUCACCGUGGCCUGCUGCAGCCCGAGCGGCCAGAGCGUCGCCGUGGGUUCCUGGGACAGGGUGCGCAUUCUCGACUGGACGCCACGACGAAGUGUCUGGGAGGAGACCAACGUGCGUACCUUGCCGAACUUCUACACGAUCACGGCGCUAGCUUGGAGGAGAGACGGCUCGAAGUUGGCGAUCGGCGGACUGUGCGGAGGCGUCGAACAGUUCGAGACUAUCCUGAGACGCACAGUAGUGCGCGGCAGCCACGAGGUGGCCUACGUGGGUCCCAGUCAGGUGGUGAUUCGACCUCUGAACGAUUCCUCGCAUCGCUCCAUCGUCAUCAGGUCGCAGACGGGUCUCGAGAUCGAGGACGUGCGCGUUCUGGGCCGUACAGACAACAACGUGGUGGCUCGCACAGCGCGCACCUUGCUGAUCGGCGACAUCGAGCUAGGUCUGAUCAGCGAGAUCCCCUGGGAGGAUCGAACGAACGGCACUGAGAAGUUCUUCUUUGAAUACCCGGUGGUCUGUCUCAUCUUCUGCUCCGGUGAGCUGACGAUCGUCGAGUACGGUCAGAACGAGGCGCUCGGCUCCGUGCGAACUGAAGCGGUGAACCCGCACGUGGUGAGCGUACGCGUGAAUGAGCGACCUUCGGCCGGUGAAGGCGACAACAAGAAGCUAGCUUACCUGUUGGACCCGAGAACCAUCCGCGUGGUCGACCUUUUGACCGGCGGUACUAUCAACAUGAUCGUUCACGACGCCCGCAUCGACUGGCUGGAGCUGAGCGAGGCGGGUCACCGAUUGCUCUCGCGGGAUAAGAGAGGCCGUCUUUGGCUGAGUGACGACGCAGGUGGAAGAGUCCUCUUGGUGACCGGAGUAUCCUUCGCGUCCUGGGUGCCCAGUAGCGACGUCGUGGUCGCCCAAACGUCUCAGACAUUGGCCGUCUGGUACAACGUGGACGCGCCGGAAGCGUCCACGCUGACGCCCAUCAAGGGUGACGUGGUGGACGUCGUCCGGGAGGACGGUCGAACGUCCGUGAUGGUGGAAGAACAUGGUGCGAAAGUUGCGUACUUAUUGGACGAAGGGCUGAUCGAGUUCGGCACUGCGCUGCACGACAACGACUUCGGCAGGGUCGUCUUGUUCUUGGAGAACAUGGGCGAUGGCCCGCAGGUGGAAACCAUGUGGGAAAACGUUGCCAGGAACGCGAUGAACGAGAGGAAGAUUAUGAUUGCCGCGAGAUGUUAUGCGGCAAUGGGCGAUGUGGCUUGCGCCAGGUUCUUGAAGGGGGUUGUCGAGAUCGGCAUAAAAUAUACCAUGGAGACUGGCAACGACCCACUGGCCAAUCCGGAUUGCUGGGCCCGACUAGCGGUAUUGAACGGCGAGCUGAAGACCGCCGAGGCAAUUUACCUGGAGCAGAACGAGCUGGACAAGGCGUUGGACAUGUACCAACGCUAUUGGCACUGGGAAGACGCGUUGAAUCUGGCACAGAACCGCAGCUGGAGCGGACUCUCAGAAUUGCGAGACCGUCAUUUGGCUUGGCUACUGGACAGCGGUCAAGCGGCUCGUGCAGCCUCCAUUAUAGAGAGCACAAAUCCAAGGAGAGCCGUCAAGCUCUAUCUGGAGGCUCGUCGACCUGGACGCGCCGCCAGGCUGGUUCUCGCCGACAACGAGCUACUGGAGGACGAGCGGAUCGUCGAAGACGUCAUCAGCGGCCUCAAGGCCACCGAUCUCAUGGAACUCGCCGGUGAGCUGCUGGAGAAGACCUCCGCCGGCGCCGAGGCGAUCGACUGUUACGCCCAAGCCGGUGUCUUCGCCAGAGCUCUCGACCUGGCGCGUAAGGUCGACCCUACGCUGGUGGUCGGCCUCGAGAGGGACUGGGGGAAGCAUCUGGCAGCUGGCGGUCAUUACGAUGCAGCCAUUAAUCAUUUCAUCGAGGCGGGGGAGACGGUGAUGGCAUUGAAGGCCGCUAUUAAUGCGCGGCAGUGGAGGAAGGCCUUGCAAAUUAUACAGGUGAUCGAGGACGACGAUUCCGAGAUCCGUCAGCAAUGCGAGAAGCUGGGCGAGUACUUCUCGUCAAUCGGGGAACGGUCCUUGGCGGAAAGUCUUUUCGUUCGCGCGGGCAAGCCUCGACGCGCCGUAGAGACUCACGUGCAAUCGGGCGACUGGAUUCGCGCGCACCAGGUGGCCCAGGAGUACAUGAAGAGCGACGAGGCGAACGAGGUGUUGGCGAAACACGCUGAGAACUUGCAGCAGACCGGUGAGCUCCGACACGCCGAGGCACUUUAUGUCGCCAUCGGCGACCACGACGCGGCGAUCGCUAUGCAUCGCAAAGCGGGAAAUCGCGGUGACAUGAUCAGAUUAGUCGCCGAGCAUCGGCCUGAUCUUCUUCAAACCACUCACACGCAUCUGGCGAGAGAGCUGGAUGCCGCCGGCAAACCGAGGGAAGCCGAGGAGCACUUCUUAGGUGCUGGCGAUUGGCGCGGAGCGGUCGCAGCUUACAGAUCCGCGAACAUGUGGGAGGACGCAUUGCGGGUCGCUAAGAAAGCUUCGGGGGAGAAAGCAGCUCAACAGGUCGCCUUAAUGUGGGCCCGGACCUUGGCUCCGGAACUGGGCGCGCGACUGCUGAUGCGACUCAACUACCUGGAACCCUGCCUGCAACUGGCGUGCGAAGCCAGCAUGUUCGAGUGGGCACUGGAGGUCGCCAAGUACAGCACGGCGGAUCAGAAGAAGGAGGUGCACUAUCGUUACGCUAUGGCGCUGGAGGACGAGGGUCGCUUCACCGAGGCCGAGAAGGAGUUCGUGCAAGCUGGCAAGGCGAUGGAAGCCGUGCAGAUGUACAUCCACAACCGUGACUGGGAGUCCGCCGAGGAUGUCGCCCGGUCGCACAGUCAAGACGCGGUGGCACAAGUCCUGAUCGCCAGGGCCGCCGAGGCCGCCGAAAGCCAGGACUACGCCUCGGCGGAGGCUCUUCUCUUGAGAGCUCAUAAGCCGGAGAUGAUAAUAGAACACUACAAAACGGCCGGGAUGUGGUCCGAGGCGCUACGGGUGUGUCGAGAGUACUUGCCGAGCCAAGAAGCGGCCCUUCGCAGGGAGCUGGGCCAGAAGAGCGCGGGUCUCGACGGGGCGAACGCGCUGGAGGAAGCUCGCAAGUGGCUCGAGCUCGGAGAAGUACGGCCGGCCCUGGAUACCCUGAUCCUGAACCCACAAGCGCCGCGAUCGUACCUGAUCCGCGCGGCUGACAUUCUUCUGCAUCAGGCGGAUCCCGAAAUGGCAACGGAGAUCGGCGGCGACCUGGGUGCGCGCUUGUUCGCCGUUGGCGAACACGCGCUCGCCGCUCAGGUGUUCCUUCAGGCGGAUCGGCUGAAGGACGCGAUAAGCUCGCUAGUGGCGGUCGGCGAAUGGGAACGAGCACGACGGAUCGUCCGCGAACUCGCGCCCGAUCUCGAGCCUUAUCUCGAGGAGAAAUAUCGGGACACGAUGACGAACGAGGGCCAGAUAGAGCAGCUGGCCGAGGUGGACAGCAACGCGGCCCUCGAGAUGAUGGCGCGCAAGGGCCAAUGGAACCAGCUGUUCGAGGCCGCGGGUUCGCACAGCCCAGAGUUGUUGCACAGAUUCGUGGCACGACGCGCCGCGCAAUUGCUGAAGAACAACUCGGCGCCGCAAGCGUUGCAGCUGUACGCGCAGUACGGCGCGCCAGCUGUCUCGCAGAAUUUCAAUCUGUACCUACAACUGGCGGAGAGCAUCCUGAACGCGUCUCAACAGGAGUACAGGUACCUGACGCAGUUACGGGACAUUCUCCACAGUCUCUGUCGCUCGUCGCCGGCGACCGACAGAUUCGAGAGGCUUCUGGAGGUAGCCCACCUCUCCGCGGUGAGACACGGCUGUCGCGCGUUCCCAGCGCUUUCCGGCUUCGUCGUCAAGGCGUCGGUCAGCCUGCUGCGACACUCCGACGUUUUGCACGCCGACAGAUGCUACUAUGAGGCCGGCGUAGCGGCGCGUGACGCGGGUCUUCUGAGCGAGGCCUUCGUCUUUCUCAAUCAUUUCCUCGAUCUGGAGGAAUGCAUCGAAGAAGAGGGCGACGGCAACGUCCUCGACGUGGACGACCUACGCGUCACCGACUUCCCGUUAGAGGUGCCGCUCCCGGAGCACCUCGGGAUCGAUCAGAAUCGUCGCGAGGAAGCGAGGGAAUGGGUGCUGGCGGUGUCGAUGGACCAGAAGAUCGAGCAGGGUUUGCCGCUCGAUCCGAGAGGUGUCUACGUGGGCUCGUUGACCUCGCCGAGCAGCACGGGCGCGCCUCUCCAACAAUGCGUGAUCACGGGCUACCCGGUGCGCGGCCCGGUCAUCAGGUUCGAGGAGUCUAGUCGCGUGGCCGAUCGCGACGACUGGACCAAGCUCGUCAACACUGCCAGGCAGGCGCCUACGGACUCGCCGCUCAACGAUACCCUGGUCUUUCUUCAGGAGUGGUGUGGCACGGCGCCUAAGUACUCUUUCUGAGAAGGUAGAGAGAGCUUGCAGCUCUCCGGUCAAUCAUAAUUCAUAGGUAAGAAAGGUAGAAGGUAGAA